AUGCUCCAAUGCCCGCCUUUCUCCCUCCCUCGUGAGCGCAGCCGUCUCCUCUGCGCCUUCUCGGCCUCCUCAUCCCCACAUGAUCUCAAACAAAUCCUCGCUCGCGCCGUAAUCUCUGGCCUCUUUGCCGAGCCCUUUGUCUCCGCUCGCAUUGUCGCCGCCUUUGCCGCCUCCGACCUCUCCCUCGCUCAGCUCGCCUUCGAUGCCUCACCCCGCCGGUCGGCCUUUUCCUACAGUUCCAUGAUCAGAGCCCACUCCGCUGGUCCCACACCCUCCAACUCCUUCAUCCUCUUCUCUCGCAUGCUGCACUCAGGCUUCUACCCCGACCGCUUCGUCUUCCCCUUCCUUCUCCGCGCCUCUGCUCGCUCUCUCUGGCCUCCUUCGUUCAUACACGCCUUCUCCCUCCGCCAUGGCUGCGACGGGGAUACCCACGUCGCCACAUCGCUCCUCCACGCAUACGCUUGCUCCGGCUUAUUUGGCUGUGCUCGAAAGGUGUUCGAUGAAAUGCCCCAGAGAACUGUGGUGACUUGGAGCGCCAUUAUUUCUUGUUGCGCGAGGUCGCAGCAGCAACAGCAGGAGGAUGGGCUAUUUCUUUUCACCCAAAUGAUUUCUACAGGUGUUCGACCAAAUGCCGAUACCUUCAUUGUUGCUCUCUCCUGUUGCGCCGGCCUUGGCUUCCUCGCCCAUGGGAAGGCUCUUCACUCCCUCUCCAUCCGUCUCCUCUCACAACUCUUUGAAGUGGCCACGGCGCUAAUUAACAUGUAUGCUCGAUGCGGCAGCCUGAAUUGCGCGCUGAAGGUCUUCAAUGGAAUUCAAAAAAAAGACUCGUCGACAUGGACGGCAAUGAUUGGUGGUCUAGCGAUGCAUGGAUGCGGGGAGAGGGCCGUUGCCUUCUUCGACAAGAUGGUGGAGGAGAAGGAGCGCCAUCUCCAGCCCGACGGCCUUACGUUCACCGCCGUCCUUCAUGCCUGCAGCCUCUCCGGCCUUGUUCAAACUGGCAUGCGGAUCUUCAACGACAUGAAGGCAGUGUACUGCAUUGAACCCCGGAUGGAACAUUACGGAGUGAUGGUCGACAUGCUUGGCCGCGCCGGGAGGUUCGAGGAGGCCGAGCGUGUUGUGGCAUCGAUGCCAUUUGAGCCUAAUCGGAUUGUGUUGGGAUCGUUGCUUCAUGCUUGUUUGGUUCGUGGGGAGCUGGCUUAUGCGGAGAGAUUAGAGAGAAGUUUUUUAGGGUUGAGGUUUGGUGUUGAGGAGGAGGAGGAAAAUGAUGACUUUGGUGGUGGAUUUUUUGUUGGAUUGUCUAAUUUAUAUGCUGGUGCUUGUAGAUGGGAGAAAGUGGGAAGGGUGAGGGAGGAGAUGGUGGAAAGAGGAGUGAGGAAGAACAGCGCAUUUAGCUUGUUGGAGGUAGAUGGCAAGGUAGAUUUUUAG